UGGCUAUCCAGAUAUGUAUCCAUAUUUUUGUUUCCUUGCUGGAGUUCUUGCAUUCGGAGGGACUCUCGCUCUUUCUCUGAUUGGUGGAAGAAGCAGUGGGCGUGUCCCUUGCUGUCAGGUUCUCCCACACUAACCUUUGCUGAGGUUUUAGAACGUCAUGGCAGGCAGCAGUAACCCUGGACAGCUCCCGGCGGCCGCCCAGGACUCGGACUCCGACUCGGACUCAGAGGGACUGCGACCGCGGCUGCAGGUCAUCCACAGCGGGCACUUCAUGGUGUCCUCACCGCACAGCCAUGACAAGCAGCCGGCCAAGGGCAACAUUGACCCCACACUUACCCGGCUGUUUGAGUGCAUGAGCCUGGCAUACAGGUAAGGGCUGCUACUGACUGCCCCUUCAUGGCAUACAGAGUGUUAAACCAAGGAAUGUCACAACUGGCUAAAUGGGUGCUGUGAGCCUGGCAUGUAGAGAAUUAAAGGAGUGUCAUUUAUUAGCUAAAUGAGUGAUGUAAGUCUGGCAUGCACAUGGUUAAACUAAGGAGUGUCAUUUAACUGACUACAUGGGUACUAUGAGCCUGGCAUGCAGAGGGUUAAACUAUGGAGUGUCAUUUAACUGACUACAUGGGUACUGUGAGCCUGGCAUGCAGAGGGUUAAACUAUGGAGUGUCAUUUAACUGACUACAUGGGUACUGUGAGCCUGGCAUGCAGAUAGUUAAACUAAGGAGUGUCAUUUAUUAGCUAAAUGAGUGAUGUAAGUCUGGCAUGCACAUGGUUAAACUAAGGAGUGUCAUUUAACUGACUACAUGGGUGCUGUGAGCCUGACAUCCACAGGGUUAAACUAAGGAGUGUCAUUUAACUGACUACAUGGGUACUAUGAGCCUGGCAUGCAGAGAGUUAAACUAAGGGGUGCCAUUUAUUAGCUAAAUGAGUGAUGUAAGUCUGGCAUGCACAUGGUUAAACUAUGGAGUGUCAUUUAACUGACUACAUGGGUACUGUGAGCCUGGCAUGCAGAGAAUUAAACUAAGGAGUGUCAUUUAACUGACUACAUGGGUACUGUGAGCCUGGCAUGCACAGGGUUAAACCAAGAAGUGUCGUUUAACUGACUACAUGGGUACUGUGAGCCUGGCAUGCAGAUAGUUAAACUGAGUGUCAUUUAACUGACUACAUGGGUACUGUGAGCCUGGCAUGCAGGUAGUUAAACUGAGGAGUGUCAUUUAACUGACUACAUGGGUAUUCCGAGCCUGGCAUGCAGAUAGUUAAACUGAGGAGUGUCAUUUAACUGACUAUAUGGGUACUGCGAGCCUGGCAUGCAGAGAGUUAAACUAAGGAGUGUAAUUUAGCUGACUACAUGGGUACUGUGAGCCUGGCAUGCAGCUCGAUAAACUAAGGAGUGUUAUUUAACUGACUACAUGGGUACUGUGAGCCUGGCAUGCACAUGGUUAAACUAAGGAGUGUCAUUUACCUGACUACAUGGGUAGUGUGAGCCUGGCAUGCACAUGGUUAAACUAAGGAGUGUCAUUUAACUGACUACAUGGGUACUGUGAGCCUGGCAUGCAGCUCGUUAAACUAAGGAGUGUUAUUUAACUGACUACAUGGGUACUGUGAGCCUGGCAUGCACAUGGUUAAACUAAGGAGUGUUAUUUAACUGACUACAUGGGUACUGUGAGCCUGGCAUGCACAUGGUUAAACUAAGGAGUGUCAUUUAACUGACUACAUGGGUACUGUGAGCCUGGCAUGCAGAUCGUUAAACUAAGGAGUGUCAUUUAACUGGCUGAGUGCUGUGAGCCUGGCAUGCAGAGGGUUAAACCAAGGAGUGUCAUUUAACUGGCUGCGUGCUGUGAGCCUGGCAUUAAAAGGGUUAAUCUUUAGAAUGUCAGAGGUUUUGACUGAGGAUUUGGUAAACGCUGCUUUACUAAUUCUUUUUUAGGAAAUCGAUACACUGCUUUGGGACACCCAUGGUUAGAAAAUGGGUAUGCCUCUUUAGGACCCCAAGUUUUAUGAACUGGGCACACCACUUGGUUUGGAAUUAGACACACUGCUUUACGGUUAACUGUUAAUUGAUCUUAGGCACACCAGUUGUUGUGGGCUAUUUUUCCCACUGUGUCAGGUAUCCAACAUACAGUUAUUAAUUUUGAUUUGCAGCAAUGUACAGUGGCAUGGAUUGGCUUGAUUGGGAAUAUAGACCAUAAAUGGAGCCCUGAAGGUUAGCCAUCACUGUGUUAUUAGGUGGUAAGGCAUGUAUGUUAGCAUGAUAAAGCAUCAUCGGACAUUUUGUACAUAACUGCUAGAGAGGCAAUAGCCAUUAAGCUCACAGCAGCUGGUGUGUCAGAUACUAGCCAUAUCUGAUUUAAGCAUUAACACCGAUGUUUUGGAUGAAAUGGGUUAGUUUGGCAAUUUACAUGGGGCAGCAGUCUUUAGAAGGCUAUGUGAUUAUGGAGCGAUGUUCUGCAGAGUAAUUAGACUAACAGAGAGGGGGAUUUUCCUGUGAUGUUUAAUCUUUGCCAUUGAGGAUGUUAGUGGAGCAAAGUUCAACAAGUCUGUUGUGGAAGGGCUAAUGGAAUCAUAUUCAGCAGGACUACUUUAUCUAAGGACUAAUGGGAUAAUAAUCUACAGCAGUGAAAAGCUUAAUGGAGCAACAAGCUCAACAUCCAGACUCUAAAAUUGACUGAGAGCAAUACUGUUCAUGUCUGGGGCUGGACGUGUGAGGUGGAUGUCUGUAGCACAUGUAGAAGGGGUUGUCCAAUGCUCUAUCCUCUAUUAUUACGAUUCAACAAUAUUCUAAGGCUUGAAGUGAAUCUUUCUAGGUUCAUUUAAAAGGAAGUCAAAUAUUAAAGUGGAUAUGUCACUUUUUUGAUUUUUUUAAAAGUAAAUUGUAUAUUAAGUAAAGUAUUUCUUAGGAGAUGUGUGUAUGUGUCUUUCUGAGAGACUUAGAUAGACCCCCAAACUCCUAUCCAUCUGCAAGGUUUUUUGUAAAAUGCAUAUUUGCCAGUUACGUAAAAUAAAUGGCAGGAAAAUGCCAAUGACACCAUCAACUUUGCACAGUCUUCAUUCUCACAAAUGUGUAAUAAUGCAUCAGUGACACAAGUGACCCAACAGUGAAAAAGCAAGCCUGCAAGCAGUUACACAGAGAAAGAUAGUGGCUCUGAAAACACUAUUUACAGGAUUUUAAAUGUAUUCAGUAUAUUUCAGCUAAACAUGAAAUAAUAGUGGCAUGUCUGCUUUAAUAGAUGAAUUUGAAGGUUGUAUAACUUAUUACAAGUAUCUUUAUGUUGGAUUGGCAGUAACGACCUUUGUAUGCAUGAGAUCCCGGUUGUCAUACUCCUCAACGUUAAUAGUUUGUGCAAAUGUUAAGUCGGAUAUUAUUAUUAUUUUUACAGUCACACUGAACCGAGUGCCUAAAGGGUUACUCCAACCAGCAUUCUGCUUUAAGAAGUGGUAAUGGUGGUGGGAUUCUGUAGGAUAUUUACACUGGUGUUCUAACUGUUAAAGGGACACUAAAGUCACCAGAACCACUACAGCUUAAUUUAGUGGUCCUGGUGUUUAUAGCCUGUUCCUGCAUCUUAGUACUGUAAACAUCGUCUUUUAAGAGAAAAGUGUUUACAUUGCUGCCUAGUAACAGCUGUAGUGGCCAUCACUCAGACAGCCACUAGAGGUGCUUUCUAGUCCAGUGAUGCACAGUGUGUGGCACUUAUUUUUAGCUGCAUGGAGGCGAUGGAUGUUUCCCAUAGAGAUACAUUGAUUCAAUUAAUCUCUAUGAGGAGAUGCUGCUUGGCCAGUGGUGAAAUAGGGACCGCAUGCUGGGGGGUCUGUUUAUAAAUGAACAUGCUGUCCUGAAUAAAAUCAUAUCUACUCUCAACUUUAAGUCUCGGCUAAUGUAUGGGGGGGGGAAAGCUGUACCAGCUAUAACACUACUUACACUUGAAGGAGCUAUAACACUAAGGGAAAGGGAAUCCUUGGUGGCGAUACAGUGGUGAUGCGCCACAUCUGGUGACAGUGGUGGGAUGGUCCCUUUCCUGGAGCUUGAGUGGUUCCAAUGAUUUUUAAAUAUCGAUUUCAAAGAAAACAUAGCAUGAAAUAAAGUUAACACGGGUUAUUGGUGAUUUUCAAUGUUUUUUUCAGUGGUGUGAUUUCCAGAGAAGUGUAAGAAACAAUCAAGGCACUAUAACCACUACAGCUAAUUGUAGUGGUUAUGGUGCAAAGACUGUCAUACGUGUACUGGUUCCUAGUGUUCCGUAGUGGACAUACAUUCUUUGACAUUGCCAAUAUUCACUCCUGCGUGACACUGAUCUGCCCCAAGGAUACAUUUCAUUAAAUGUUCAAGAGGCAUUUUGUCGUUUGUUGUAUGGUACAUAAUUCUUUAUGGCAUGCAUAUUUUCUUUCUUAUUUGAUGUAUGAUCACAAACUAUACAUAUAUACCUAGAUUUCUAAAAGAACAUUCCAAGCACUGUAACAACUACAGUGUGCUGUUGCGGUUAUGGUGUUAUGAGUGCCCUGACCCCCCCCCCCCCCUUCAUUGUAAGGAGUCGAACAAUUUUAGGACAGUUUGAUUUCUCACAUGUCGUCCGCAAGGCGCAAUUCCCUGCCUCCACUACUGCUUAGUGAGAGCUAGAAGCUCCUGCUCAGAAGCUUCCAUUAGCUCUGAUUGGCAGCUGAUCACUAAGCUCUGAUCGGCCAAUGAGCUAAACCCUGCACCGCUGGCCUUAAUUCCGUGAGGAGAGCUUCUGGCUCUCACUGAGUGUAGGUGGGGUGUGACAUCCAGGUAAGACGUUAAAAUAGCUUGAUUGCAUAAAAUGAUGGGCUUCAGUACAUACAUGACGCCAUAAACAGUGCAGAACAAUGUAGUGGUUAUGGUGCUUGUAGAGUUCCUUUAAUGCCUUACUCACUGAACAAAAUACUGGGCAGAUUGCUCUGUAGUUGUACUGUGUGAAUGGACUUCUCUUUGAAGGAGAAUUCCUCUUUGUGUCUAAAAUGGGUUCAACAUUUGAACUUGAACCCAGUUUUACACCAAGAACGAUAAAGCCACAAUCCUUUCACUUCCACAAGUUAGAGCAAGUAUGUUCAGUGAAGUCCUACCAGAGUGAGAAAAGAACACACAACACAAAAAAUUCUAUCGGGCAAAGCCAAACAAUUACAAUACCCUCCAGAUAUCUUCUUUAUUUCUUUUAAAUAACAAGUUCCUUACUUGGCUCAGGAAAGUAAACCUGAUAAAAAAAUAAUCUGCCACCUCCGUUUUUAUACCUAUUUAUCAGACAUUGGCUCCCAGAAUUGCUUUUUUUUGACAGUCAUUCUCCUCUCCCCCCACUGCGCUGGCGUUCCUGGAGAUUUGCACGUUGGCAGUAUCAAGAGACUAGAUUUGUUAUAAUGUUGAACUCUGGCCAGUAAUGCAUUAUAUUUUGCUACAUAUUCCGUAUUUCUACUACGCCGUACUAUUUUUUUACUUUUUUUUUUUUUUAAUUCUAUUUAUGUAGGAAAACAAUAUUAAAAUGGAUGAAUAGAACAAUACAGUGUCUAAUGUUUCUUUUCCAGAUCAUUGCCCAGAUCAUUGUAUCUCCACCUUCAAAUUUAGAAUAUAUAACAGUCAACCAAUAUUUGCCAUUCAUUAAUGUAUACCAGCCAUCCAAUAAUUUCCAAUAUCGAAUUAUUAUUAUUCGCUCUCAUAGUCCUGAAGAUUUUGCAUGCAGUCAAUUGGAUAUUUUGAUUGGGGUGCAAAUCCCAAACCCAACCCACAAAAAAGUUUGGAGUGUUGAUUGGUAGAUGGGGCAGGUACCAAUUUUAAAAAGAGGUAGUCAACCUUCAGCACUUCAGCAGAUUUUGUGGACUGCAUAUCCCAUAAUGCUCUUACAGCCACAAUGCUGGCAAAGCAUCAGGUGAGUUGUAGUCUAAAACAUCUGGCGCACCGAAGGUUGUCUACUCCUGCACCUAGUCUAUACAUUGGCUAGUAAUUCUACUAGUACAAUGUGUAGAUAAGCAUAUACUUAAUAAAUCACAUAUGCGUUGUGUAUGCCAUAUACAGUAACGCUAUAAUUAUCAUCAUAUUUUUUGCUCCAACAGUUUCUGCAUUCUGGAGCAUGGUUCUUAAUCAAAGUUUUUUUCUGAUAAUUAUGUAGGAGUACCAGGCAUAGACUUGUAUUCUAUGAAAAGUUACAUUUAAAAAAAUAAAUAAAUCCAGGAGCAGGUGCUAGCAAAGUGGUUCAGAAAUGUCGCUUCAGCUUGGCCUCCUACACCAUUUGUUCUCAGGAUACUCUAUCUGUGAAAGUAUUUAUUGAUCAUUUUCCAACUUGGCUCAGAAGAAUGUAAAUCUCUGUGCUUUAAAAGAUUGUUGCUCCUCCAUUUCUCCUUCCAUGAAGAUCUGUUGAUACAACUAACCAUCCAACACAACAGUCCACUAUACUUAUUGUAUACCCUUAUCAUACAUAUUGUAACAACUAUUACAACAAUCUAUAAAUAUGACCUCCACAGCAAUCAUAACAUGCACAACUGACAAAGUAAGGACUACUUCAUUGUAUGUGUGCCUGGAUAAAAUGCAAAGUCAGGCUGGCAUGUUUCAGCUGAUAUUUUAACAACGCAUGCCCAUUCUUGAGAAAUUCCAAGGAGGGUUCCUUUAACAUAAAUUCACACUUUCUUUUUUAUUUUUGCAGUGCAUAAGGUGAGUACAAGCAAGCCUGAGGUACACAAAAGGCAAUCCUCAGGCAUGGCAUCAUGGUUUACAGUUGAGGUUAUAGAUAGGGCAUGUACAAUUUUACAAUAUAAUGAUAAACAACAAGCUUAACUAAGGGUCUAGACCUGAGAUUGAUGGGUUAUGUAAGGUAAAGUAAAAUAACAAGCUUAACUAAGGGUCUAGACCUAAAAUUGAUGGGUUAUGUUAGGUAAAGUAAAAUAAGCUUAACUAAGGGUCUAGACCUGAGAUUGAUGGGUUAUGUUAGGUAAAGUAAAAUAACAAGCUUAACUAAGGGUCUAGACCUGAGAUUGAUGGGUUAUGUUAGGUAAAGUAAAAUAACAAGCUUAACUAAGAGUCUAGACCUGAGAUUGAUGGGUUAUGUUAGGUAAAGUAAAAUAACAAGCUUAACUAAGGGUCUAGACCUGAGAUUGAUGGGUUAUGUUUGAUAAAGUAAAAUAACAAGCUUAACUAAGGGUCUAGACCUGAGAUUGAUGGGUUAUGUUAGGUAAAGUAAAAUAACAAGCUUAACUAAGGGUCUAGAUCUGAGAUUGACACGUAAUGGUAGGUAAAGUAAGGCAAGGUUAGAUUCAGAUAAAUUAACAAUUCCAACAUGGCAAUAAAUUUAGUAGAUUAAUCGUAUUGCUCAGGAAGUAAACUUAAAGGGUAUUACGAUUUGCAUAAUGUUCUGAACCUAUUAUUUAAUGACGGGAUGAAGAGAGUCCCACAAUGGUGAGUGGGCAUCCACGUGAGGGAGUGUGACUCAAGGUUCCCAGUGGGGAGCAACAUGGCGAUGCUUGUCAUCGGUCAUCCAAUUCCUAUGCGUAGGCUUUGUACAGUUCUUACAAAGUGUGUGUAUGUGUAUAUAUAUAUAUAUAUAUAUAUAUAUAUAUAUAUAUAUAUAUAUAUAUAUAUGUGUGUGUGUGUGUAUAUAUAUAUAGUUAUAUUGAAAAAAGAUGCACUCUUCGGUCUUUUGAAAAAUAUUAACAGUCUUUAAUCCAUAGAAGGUUUACAAAUUGCUUGAUCAACGUUUCGACCCGUUCGGGUCUUCCUCCCUUGAUCAAGCAACUUGUAACCCUUCUAUGGAUUAAAGACUGUUAAUAUUUUUCAAAAGACCGAAGAGUGCAUCUUUUUUCAAUAUAACUAUUUAUCUGCAUAAGUUUGCACCAGGGCACUUCUAGUAAGGGUGAGUGCCAUCAUCUGUGAUAUAUAUAUAUAUAUAUAUAUAUAUAUCUCACACGUGCUCCCAGGUAGUGGGUAAAAUAUAUAAAAUUAAAAUUACCCUUAAAAUAAAAUAGAUUGUGAGAAGAUCCUUUGUGUCUUCUUAAUUGAAAUAUAGGAAAUACAAUCUAGGAAUACAAACAUAACAAAUAAUAGUGUAGUAUAUUAAAACACCAAAAUUGCGCUGCAGGCUAAGUUGCACUCACAAGAUAAUAACUGAUUGUAGGCAUAUAGAUUAUCUCAAAGAUCAGAAGAGCUUGAUCUUAUCUCUUGACCUUAAAUGGGAGUUAAGAGAGAGACACAGACAUAGUGCACCAGUAAAAUAACUUAAAGUAUUUAUUUAGAGAAUAGAAAUGUAAAUCCAGCAUGUCACAAAACCAAACCCUAAGGACCACGGACUUGAAUGGAACCCCUUAUGGUCAGGAACGAAAUGUAAAGCAGCCAUUAAAAACAGCAUAAAAACAAAUUAAAGUGCUGAAUGAGUCUAUCCGCUUUACGCGUUUCGUCCUAAAUAGGACUUCCUCAGGGAAAAUUGAAGAUGUGACUUAAUCUCCUCCAUUCAUUUUUUUUAAAGGUGAUUUUGAGACUUUCCACUGUGUCUUCAGCCAAUGGGAACGCGGUGCUGUAAUUCAAUUCACUUGAGUUCAGUCAUUUCCAGGCUUGCGUUCCAUGCCUCUCUCAAAUGCGUGUCACUGAAGGAACAUCCAGUCUCGCGUGGAACGCACCAUGCAUGCCAGAAGUUAGUUGCGUUUGUGAGUACACCAACAUGAUGGGGUAUAUUUCAUGAUAAGACCAGAAAAAUUAAAUCAUAGCAUUAGCUCAACUUAAAUAACGUGAGCUAUGAUUCAAAAUUUAUAAAAAUAAACACAUACAGGUGAUACUCAAAAAAUUAGAAUAUCGGGCAAAAGUUCAUUUAUUUCAGUAAUGCAAUAUAAAAGGGGAAACUAAUAUAUGAGAUAGACGCAUUACAUGCAAAGCAAGAUAGUUCAAGCCAUGAUUUGUCAUAAGUUUUCUUUAAAGGACCACUCUAGGCACCCAGACCACUUCAGCUUAAUGAAGUGGUCUGGGUGCCAGGUCCUUCUAGGGUUGACCCAUUUUUAAAUAAACAUAGCAGUUUCAGAGAAACUGCUAUGUUUAUGAAUGGGUUAAGCCUUCCCCCAAAGCCUCUAGUGGCUGUCUCAUUGACAGCUACUAGAGGCGCUUGCGUGCUUCUCACUGUGAUUUUCACAGUGAGAGCACGCCAGCGUCCAUAGGAAAGCAUUGUAAAUGCUUUCCUAUGCAACCGGCUGAAUGCGCGCGCAGCGCUUGCCGCGCGUGCGCAUUCAGCCCAGGAGGAGGAUCAGAGGAGGAGAGGAAGCAGAGAGCUCCCCGCCCAGCGCUGGAAAAAGGUAAGUUUAAACACCUUUCCCCCUUCCAGAGAUGGGCGGGUGGGGGCACCCUCAGGGCACUAUAGUGCCAGGAAAACGAGUAUGUUUUCCUGGCACUAUAGUGGUCCUUUAAAGUACUUACAAAUCUUUAUUACAUAUGGUUGUGAUAUAAAUGUUUCAGUCAAUUAAGCUGUACUUUCAUCAGCAUAUCCUCAUAGAGAUUUAUUGGCCCAGUACAUCUCUAUGGGGAGCGUUCAGUGCCUCCAUGCAAAAUUUGUUGACUCUGUCCUGCAAACUUUGCAGUACUGAACCCAGGAAGUCUCUUUUAAUGGCUGUCCAAGUGACAGCCUCUAGAGGUGGCAUUAAGCAGCAGUGUAAACACCUUUUCUGCCUUUCACAGUUUACAUUAAUGUAUAUUUGUUUUUUAUAAAAUGAUAUCAAAUGCAUUUUUGCAACAAAACGGUCGUCGGGACUAAAGUUUAGUGUGUGGGUAUCUUAGUGAUAAUAGGGAUGAUUACAUUUUAAAAUUACAUUCAUUGAUAAAUUGUGGAUUAGAUUCCACUCUAUUUAAGUACCUCUCCUUUUGUUUGUCUUACUACAGGGUUGCCCAAGAGGUAGAUCCUCAGAUGUUGUAAAACUACAGCUUCUGUGAUGCUUUGCCAUUCUAAACACAUUACAAAUGCACGCAAAGCAUCGUGGAAGUUGUAGUUGUACAACAUCUGGGGAAUCUUCCUUUUCAGCACAGAGUCUUACUCUAUAUUCGGCUACUCCUAUGAAUGUAAAUCUAGAUUAGAAUUGUUAGGUGUUGGGUAUAAGAGGCAUGCAUGCUCUUGAGGGCUAUCCUCAUUUAUUAUACAUACAACUUCUACCUUUUGAUACCCUUUCCAAUUUAUGAUAUAAUGUGUUCACUGCUUGGGAGAUGUGCCCAUCUGGUUAUAUUGCACUAGUUUGCCAUUUUUUUUUUCCCAUGUGAUUAAGGGCACUCACCGCCAGUGGCGGAUCCAGAGCCUGAUCUCGGGAGGGGCACUUGUAGAUUAUUUAAAGAAAUAAUCCAGACACAAUAACCACUACAGCUCAGUGUAGUGGUUAUGGUGUCAAUAGUGCCAGGACCCCCUCCCACAGUAAGUAGUCAAACCGUUUAAGAACAGUUUGACAACUUACCUGAGAUCUGCUGGGAAAUGGGGCUGUAGUAGGGCAUAGGAGCAGUGGUGUGUGUGAGUGGUGCAAUGUGUAAGGGGUGCAGUGUGUGUGUGAAGGUUGUAGUGUGUGAGUGAGGGCAGCAGUGUAUGUCAGGGAUGCAGUGUAUGUGUGGGACAGUAUGUGUGUGUAACAGUUGCAGUAUGUGUGUAUGGGGGGCAGUAUGUGUGUAUGUGUAUGGGGGGGCAGUUUGUGUAUAUGGGGGCAGUGUGUGUGUAUGUGGGAGCAGUGUGUGUAUGUGGGGGCAGUGUGUGUGUAUGAGGGGCAGUUUGUGUGUAUGGGGGCAGUUUGUGUGUAUGUUUGUGUGUGUAUGGGGGCAGUGUGUGUGUGUGUGAGUAUAUGGGGGCAGUGUGUGUGUGUGUAUGGGGGCAGUGUGUGUGUGUAUGGGGGCAGUGUGUGUGUAUGGGGGUUUGUGUGAAUGGGGGCAUAUGUGUGUAUGGGGGGCAGUGUGUGUGUAUGGGGGGCAGUGUGUGUGUAUGGGGGCAGUAUGUGUGUAUGGGGAGCAGUAUGUGUGAGCAGUGUGUGUAUGUGGGGCAGCGUGUGUAUGAGGGGCAGUUUGUGUGUGUAUGGGGGCAGUUUGUGUGAAUGGGGGUAGUUUGUGUGUAUGGGGGUAUUUGUGUGUGUAUAGGGGCAGUUUGUGUGUAUGGGGGGCAGUGUGUGUGUGUGUAUGGGGGGCAGUGUGUGUGUAUGUGUGUGUGUAUGGGGGGGGCAGUUUGUGUGUAUGGGGGGGCAGUUUGUGUGAAUGGGGGGCAGUUUGUGUGUAUGGGGGGGCAGUUUGUAUGAAUGGGGGGGCAGUAUUGGGGGCAAUGUAUGUGUCUGUGGCUUUUUUUUUAAUAAUAUAUAUAUUUUUUUAUUUAAUUCGAAUUUAAUUUUUUUAUUUAAUUAUUUAUCCGAAAUAUGUCCCCCCUCCCUUCUUACCUUUACUGGGGAGAAGGGGGGACAUACUUCGAUCCCUGGUGGUCCGGUGGGGGAUUCAUUGGUGGUCCAGUGUGGAGAGUGAACUCUAGCCCGCGCUCCCGGGCUAGAGUUCACUCUCGCGAGAUUUGGAGCGUUGCCGUGGUAACCGCGGCAACGCUUCAAAUCUCACGAGAGGAGGACCCGGAGGAGCUGCAGACUGAGCUCCGGGUCCUCUCUCUCACUCCCUCCCUCCCCUGCCGGCUCUCAGCACAGUGCCUGCCAUGCUGGCAGGGGAGGGAGAGGGAGACCGGCGGAUUUCUCGGGGGGGGCAAUUGCCCCGUUGCCCCCCCCCCCUGGAUCCGCCACUGCUCACCGCAGACCUGAUUAUUGAUUAUUUGUCUUAUCCUAAAUAGAAGGUUUUCUGAAUACUAUUUUUCAGGUCUAAAGCUGAGAUUGUUGUAGCCGUUGUUUUUACAUGUUUUUACACAGAUCAAUGUAUCUUUCUUUUUUUUUUUAUAGAUGUAUACUUAAAAAAAUGUAAGUUUUAUGAUGUAUAGGUCUGUUUUUUUUUCCUUUUUCCUUUUUGGUACAUAAUGUUAGUUUAAAGUUAUUACCCCCUCAAUAGUGUUUCCAGCCUGACACACUCUCGCUGACUUCAUCUGGUGUUUAUCGAAGUUUGCUUUGUAAUGGUACAAGUUAGCAAAAACAUUUUUGAGACCUGAGCCGAGCAGGGACUAAACGAAGGGCAAGCGCCUGAAAUUUUCUAAGCUUUGGGGCAUUCUCAGAGUACUCAUAAUCUCUGUUUUUGCUGCAACAGUUUUACUGACUGACAUUAGGAGCCCCCCAGUGCACUUCAGGGACAAUAACCACUACAGUGUCAAGGAAUACAACUUAAUACAACUUGAUUGAGAUGAAGUUGUUGUGAGGCCCUUAAUACCAGUGCUUUGUAUUGUGCAUUGAAAAGCAUUUUAAUAGUCAGCAAUCAAAGAGAUUAUACCCAUGACGUAAGCAGCCAGAUACUGACUUCCUAUUUUAUAAUUAUCAAACAUUUUCAUUAAGCAAAGUAUAAAUAAAUAAAAAACAGGAUGACUUCAGUACGUUUGCUGUAAUCUUGUGUUCCGGAUAUCGUCUUUCACCUGUUUCCACAUUAAAUGUACUAAUUUAGU